AUGGAAGUCUCUUUGCUUGCGUCCGAAUGGGAUGGCUUGGCUCAAUCAAAAUCCCUUGACCCACCGAGAGGCUGUAUCGAAAUUGCUAUUUUCGGAAAUUCUGACGAUGCUCACCUUGUCGGUGAUUGGCUCUCGUCUCAGAAUCUAUUUCUUCAGGAUCCGACAUUGAUUGAUCUCACUGCAACCUACCAAAACCCCCACAAGUUUCCGUCUCUGGACUUUUUGGGCGAGGAUCUGAGCAGUGAGGCAUCAGAAGACGAGGAGAACAUCCCAGCUCUUUUGAUCAACCAACCGUCCCGCAAGGUAUCGAAAAAUAGCUUACAAUAUGUUCUGGACCACAUACAUGGCCAUGACCUUCAACCAGUUGAGCCUGAUGGGCACUUGACUAUAUCGCUCUUUCCACACCAAAAAGAAGCGGUUGACUUUAUGAUCCGCCGGGAAACUGGUCAACUGACCUCUUCUAUAUCCCUUUUCAAAACACACGACGAUCGAAAUGGCAAAUUCUUAUAUUCGCAUGUCAUCACAGGCCAACCCAUUCUGCAACCGCUUACUGGCCCCUUUGGUGGAAUACUUGCCGAUACAAUGGGUUUAGGAAAAACGAUAAGUACUCUAUCGACGGUUGUCAGCACCCUGGAUCACGCAAAAGAGUGGGCCAAGAAAAUCGUUGAUAAUGAACGUUCUCAAAGACGAAGGACAAAGGCAACGUUGGUCAUUCUUCCUAACGAAGCACUCAUGGAUCAAUGGCUGGAUGAAAUAUCCAAGAAAUUCGAACCAGGAACAUUUUCGCCUUGCAGAUAUCACGGUGGAUCGCGAAGAUGCCGCGUCUCAAGCUUUGAGGAUUUUGACAUUAUCCUGACUACCUACGGUAUCGUUAAGGUUGAGUUUGGCAGUAAAGGAAGUUUGAUAUUUCAGCACCACUUCUUUCGCAUUGUUUUAGAUGAAGCACAUUGCAUCAAAGGACGAUCGACGAGAACUCAUGAUGCGACUUGCAACAUUUCAGCAGCGAGGCGCUGGUGUCUUACUGGGACUCCCAUACAAAAUAGCCUGGAUGAUCUUGGUGCACUGGUGACUUUUCUUCGUGUUCCAUUGCUUGAAGAAAGGAAGUCAUUUCGGUCUCACAUCAUCAACCCGGCCUACAGUGGACGUGAAGAUUGUUUUGAGAACCUUCGUUUAUUGCUUGGAUUCAUCUGCCUCCGUCGAAAUACAUCCGUUGGCAUGCUCGUGCAACCGACGAUCAACCUCCUGAAGUUAGACUUGGCCACUGAUGAACGGACAGCCUAUGGAAACAUAUUGGACUUUCAUGACCGAGCCAUGGAUCUACAUGUUAGUGGAAAGGGCCCAGCGGAAGGUAGCUGCACCGCCUUCCAAGCUCUCAUAAAGUUGCGAAUAUUUUGCAACAACGGGCUUUACAAAGACAGAGAUACCACAAGCCCAACAGAUCCAUUUGAUGUUGAAGAGUAUUUUAACUUUUUGCGAGAAUCCAAGAAAGCCCGAUGUACUAAUUGCGAUAAUGAAGUUCUAUUCCUCAUGGAAUCUGAGCUCCCUGACACUGCAGUAUUUACUCAAUGUCUUCAUCUGAUCUGCGGUCCCUGUUACAAGUCCACAACAGUCUUCAACUCAUCGAGCUCAAAGCAAUCGAAAUGCCUCGCAUCGGAGUAUUCUCAACUUCAAGACCAAAAUGCUCUUGUACAACUUGGGCCUCGUGUAUGGAAUGAACUUUCCUCGAUUGAUCAAGGGGCUUCUCACACUUCGGACGAGGUGUUCUCGACAAAGUUUCGUGUUCUUUUGAGCAUGAUCCGCUCUCAUGCCCCCCAGGAGAAAGGAAUCGUCUUUUCGGCAUGGACGAAAAGCUUGAAAAUUGUCGCGAUGAUGCUUCGUAAGGAAGAAAUCAGGUUUGUGAAGGUGGAUGGAUCAAUGUCGAAUGCGCAGCGCCAACGGGCAUUCGAAAGCUUCAAGAUCAGCAACAUGGUGAAUAUACUCCUUAUUACCAUUGGGGCGGGCGCUGUGGGCCUGAACCUUUCCAUUGCAACGCAAGUCCAUAUUCUUGAACCAUCGUGGAAUCCAAUGGUAGAGAAACAGGCCAUAGGGCGGGUAGUACGCCUUGAUCAACGCAAUCCAGUGGCCAUUACUCGCUAUAUCAUGCGAAAUACUGUUGAAGAGAACGUCGUCACCAGACAGGACUUUAAGAUGAGAGUUGCCAUGAACGGAUUUAAGCCAAGCUUGAACGAGACGCCUUAUGAUCAAAGAGGCUCGGAUAGUGAUAUAUGA